AUGAUAAGAAUAUUGAUUAAAUUUUAAUUUUUUAAUUAGAGAAUGGAGUAUUCAAAUAGAAUUAAGACAAAACUAUUCAAUUAAAUACAAAUCAAUUAUGUGAAGAUGAUUGGAGACUCUUCCAAAUUAUAUAUAAUAAAGAUAAAAAUAUGCUAUUAGUUAGACAUAAACAUCAUAUUUAUAUUAUUAGCAAAGUAAAUGAAGGUAACUUUAAGAUAAGAGGAUCAUUAAAUUGUGAAAUUGAAGAUAUUUUUGGAACUAUUACAGAUAAUGCAUAAUAUUUAGUAUUUUGGGAUAACAAAUAAAAGAAAUAUUCAUCAUAUGAGUUAUUAUAAAAAUGAAACUUGA